AUGCCCUGCGACACCAAGGAACCAAGCUCAUGCCCUCCUACACUUCCACUCCGGCUGCUGACGCUGCAUGACUUGCCCCAUGGGGAUGGCGUCAGCGCCAGGAGCCUGCAGAGCCUCUUCCGAGAACAGCAGGAGUACCUCAACUACUUCUUCACCAACCUCGACUAUGAGCAGAUGGAAAGUUUCGUCAAGGCCUGCCUGGCCUGCACCGGGACCAUCGUGUGCACUGGGGUGGGGAAGAGCGGCUUCAUCGCGCAGAAGAUAUGCCAGACCCUGGUGUCCACCGGCACCAAGGCGCUGUACCUGUCCCCCACCGACGCCUUACAUGGCGACAUCGGCAUCCUCACCGCCCACGACCUGCUGGUCUGCUUCUCCAAGAGCGGCGGCACGGACGAGCUGCUGCGCCUCAUCCCGUAUGCCAAGGCAAAAGGGGCCAAGAUUGUCUCUGUGGCGUCCAUCUCCGGCUGCAAGAUGGAGACAGUGUGCGACCUGUCCAUUAACCUCCCCCUCAAGCGCGAGCUGUGCCCCUUCGACCUGGCCCCCGUCACCUCCACUGUCAUCCAAAUGCUGUUUGGCGACACGGUGGCCAUUGCGCUGAUGCAGGCCAAGCACCUCACGCGGGACGAGUAUGCAAUGAACCAUCCGGCGGGCCGCAUCGGGCGCCGCCUCAUCCUCCGCGUGUCGGACGUCAUGCUCUCCAAUGGCGACAUCCCCAUCGUCUCCGCCGACACUGUGGUGGCGGACGCGCUGUCUGAGCUUUCCAGCAAGGGGUGUGGCUGCGUGCUGAUCGCCGGCGCCGACCUGAAGCUGCAGGGUGUUUUCACGGAUGGAGACUUGCGACGUGCCCUCCAGACCAUGGGCUACUCGGGCAACCUCAUGGGCACGCGGGUGGGCGACAUCAUGACCACCUCGCCCCGCACCGUGCUCCUCUCCCAGAAGGCCGCCCAGGCCAUGGAUGACAUGGAGACCAGCCCCAAAGUGGCGGUGCUCCCCGUGCUGGAUGACCAGGGCCGGGUGUCAGGACUGGUCACCCUGCACGGCCUCAUCAGCGCCGGGCUGUAG